UACGAACUGGGGAGAGCAUUAAACAGAAUUAUUGUGCUUAUUAUCAAUAUGAUUGCUAACUGAACGUAAAUUUAAAUGAAAAUUUGCAAUGUAAAUAAAUAAUUUUGAAUAAAAUAUCGUGUACUAAACUUUCAAUUGAACAUAUUACCAUAAUAAAGUGAAAUAUCACAACCGUACGUACAAUUCGUAACAAAUGAAUUUGGUGUUUUAUGAAAGUAUGUGCGGCAACAGAAACUAAUAUUCAAAUCGUUCUGUGUUACCCACAAAAAUAAACAAAUGAACAAACCAGUUUAAUCGAGUUUCCAAAUUUAAACAGGAAUCGCGGCACAAUCACAUCAUAAAAUCGGGGAGCAAACUUUGCCGGAAUACCGCUUUACCUUGUAUUACAAGCAAUGUUCUGAGAAAAACUUCACAUAAAGCAAAGACCAUCACGAUUCGUAUGUAAUGGACAAAAUGUCCCAUCAACAAUUAGAAUCGGCGGUGCGGGAAGUGCCAGAUCAUCUCAUGACCAUGAUAAUGCAUUAUGUUACUGGCUUUCAUAACAUAUCCGCAGAGGAAAUCAGCGAACCGAUUGUAAAACAAUCAUUGCGGCAAUUUUACAUUGUUUUCAUCAUACAGUAUGCAAUUUUGGUUGUUGGUGGCGUUGUGGCAAAUGUUUAUGUCAUUUACUACAUUAUUCGAUACAAAUUGUACACGGAUGUAACGCAUGCUUUUAUGAUGAAUUUAAGCAUUUGUCACUGCAUCGAGAGUAUGUUCGUAUUGCCAAUGACCUUAAUGGUGAUCAUCAUCCAAAACUGGAUUUAUGGACAAUUUAUGUGCUUCUUUUUGCCCCUGUUACAGGACAUACCUCUACAUGUUGUUCUGAUUACUCAUUUAUUAAUUGCUUGGGAUCGAAUGAGAUGGUUGGGUGAUCCAUUAAAAUCUCGAUUACCGUCGUUCGUGUGUAGCUGUGCAACAUGGCUUACCGGAAUGGUUAUAAGUUUGCCGUAUCCCAUAUAUACAACAUACUUGGAUUUGGGGACUUACAUACCAAAAUUUCGAGGAGUUGGAAUAUGUGUCGUGAACCUGGUCGAUGACAUGCAGGAGUACAUGCGAGGCCUGUUUGUUAUGAUGUACUGUGCUCCAGCAACUGUACUGGCUUAUCUAUACAUACGUACGUCGAGAGAACUGCGACCACCGGAGGGCCCGUUGGGUGUGAUGAUGUUUGAACAUCGAGCGGAUGUGCGGAAUAGGCAAAGGACAUCAUCAACGUCGACGCCAAGUGCAACACGUACAGCAGCUCGCUCGAAUAAUUCCCGUUCAUACGAUUUAUACGAUGCUGAAGUUGAUGUAAAUCGAGAAAAGCGCACUCAGAACCAUUUAGGGGCAAUGGCUGCUGUUCAAGUCAUUUGUAUGUGUCCACUGAUGAUUUUGCGAAUCGCUCGAAUGGUAUUGGAAGAGACGUACGAAAAUACAUCACAUUUUGACAUCACAUUUUUGAUGUUCGUUUGGAUGGGAUUUCUGCCGACAGUUAUCAAUCCUUGCAUCUAUGGAUCGUGGAUGCUAUCAAGAACCGCCAAGGAACGUCUGCGUGGAUAUUUUCGCCUGUCAUCUCGACGUGUCACCAAGCUUCAAAACAAUGAAUGCUCAACCGAAAAUUCGGUUACACAAGAAAUAACCAAUGAAACCUGCGAUGAACCGAAAGCCAUGCUAACGGAAGUGGUAGCAGUCAACAAUCAAAAUAUGUCGAAAAUAAAUGUGAUUAGUGACCAUCGAACACUAGUUAAACCCAAAAAAGCUGAUGGACUAAGCACUUCGUCGAAAGGUCGCAUUGUUCUAGCCGCGGCGGUGGAUAAAGAACUGGUGAAUAAUUCUUGUUCUAAUAUAACAUCAAGCACCUACUGCAAUGACCACUCAUAUUAUGAUAAGAGUCCAUUAUUCGACCGGGACAGUUUGUACAGUGUGAGUGAUCGUAAGUCGCUCAGUCGUCCCAGUUUACAGCGUAGUCAAGACAACAUUCUGUCCGAAUCGGACAUAAUGUCACGCCGAGAAUCGUCAAGUACUUACGAACGGGAUAUGGAAAUCAUUGACCUAUUGGAACGUGAACGUAGCAUGGACAUACAAGACAUGAUUGAGCAAGAACGUAAAGGUGAGAAAAUUCGCAGUAUCACCCGACACAACUCGUCAUUCGAACGACAUCACCGCAAGCUGCCAGAUAUUAGCAAGUUAGCUCCAAUUAGUCCGAAAAAACUGGAUCAUUCGGUCAAUUUUCCGAAUUUAGUAUUUACGCAUCAAAGUGACUUCGGUGAUGUGAAUGGUGUUAGUGCUCGCGUUUCGAAUAGUCGAAAAAGUUCACAGGGCUCGUAUUCGAACCGUGAUAGUAUUACGGGUCGGCAAGACAUUCCCGGUGAUCAUAUGGGCGUCGGCAAUGUUGGUCGAAAUUCCAGAACUAGAAGCAACCACUCAUCGACAAGGAGCUCCAUCAAAUCGAGAGAUCGACGAAUUAGUGCGGAAUAUUAUAAUCCGUAAAUUGAAUUUGGAUUUUUUUGGCACAGCGAACGGUUUGAAGUGUAGCUCUGGAUAAUAAAAAUCUAAAAUUGUUUUUAAGAAGUCAGGUAAGUUUUUAACGGUUAAAUGUAAGGUCUUACGUGAUAAGCAGAUAAGAAUCGGAUGGAGGACAAUGUGAAAAUGUUCCUUUGUUUAAAAAAAAAAAACAAAUUAGCGGGCGCGUGGCUACGAACAAAUGAAGAUGAAAUUUUAAUUCGGAAAAUAGUGUAGUCUCUUUUGUGCACAAAACAAAUAUUUAAACAAAACGAAAAAUGGAUUCAAUUUGCGAUA